AGGAGUUUCCGUAUUGUGGGUGUGUAAUGAUUCAGAACGCACAGCGACCUUUCACACACUUCCCGGUGUGCUGCUUCCUGCUUUCACAUUCACAGAAGCUUAUACUUUACAUACGAGAGUCGGAUUUAUACUGCUACACCCUACACCACAGUUCGGGAUGUUCUCUAGUCUGGCUCGCUGUGCCUCCAAAGCGGCUCUGCAUGUGCUGAAAGGAGCUAGUCGUCCCUCCAAGAUAGCAAAAGUGCCUUGUUUUUGGCAUCAGACACUGGCAGCGGUUCCACUACCCACUGUUGGAGGGAGUGCAGUGGUUAGACAUGCUCAAGUACUAGACCGAAAGAGGCUUCUGCAGCUGGAGUGGGAUGAUGGUAGCUAUAGUUUUUAUCCAUUUACCUGGCUCAGGGAUAACUGCCAGUGCCCUCUGUGCAUGCUGCAGUCAGCACAAGCACGGAGUCUCCUCCUCACUGACCUGGAUGUGCAUACUGGAAUGGACCACGUGCAAAUAACUGAGAAUAACAAGGUCUCUGUCAUAUGGCCAGAUCAACACAGCAGUGAGUUUGAACCUGAGUGGUUAAAGAAAAGAUGCUUCUCAUCCGAGGCAAGACAAGCGCGGCAGGAGGAACUGUUUCUAAAUGAGCGUGAAUUCUGGGACUCUGGUCUGCGGAUUCCCAUGGCAGAUUUUGAGGAGGUUCUCAAUGAUGAUAAGGCUGCUCUGGCCUGGCUGACAGCCCUAAGGCGUGUCGGGAUUGUGUAUCUGAAGGGGGCGCCAGCAGAGCAGGGCCAGGUGGCAAGACUCGGUCAGAGAAUUGGAUACCUCAGACUUACAUUCUAUGGACACACAUGGCAAGUGCAAGACAAGCCCAUGGCCAACAACGUAGCGUAUACCUCAGGCAAGCUGAGCCUGCACACCGACUAUCCUGCUUUGCAUCAUCCUCCUGGGGUGCAGUUCCUACACUGUCUGCAGCAGGCCGAGCAUGGUGGCGAGAGCGAGGUAGUGGACGGCUUCCACAUGGCCGAGCUGCUCAGGAGAGAGAACCCAGAGGCUUUUAACACACUGUCAUCCCUCUACAUCGACUACACAGACAUCGGCUCAGACUACUGCGACUUCAGCGUGCAGUCCAAGAACCGCAUUAUAGAUGUGGACAGUGAUGGCCGUGUUGUGAGGAUAAAUUAUAACAAUGCAACCCGAGACUCUGUCCUGGAUCUGCCACUCGAUCAGGUGCAGCCUUUCUACUCCUCCCUGAAGAGCUUUGUGGAGCUGAUGAACCAGCCAGAGAACCUGGUCACUUACAGGAUGGAGCCAGGUGACCUGGUGACCUUUGAUAACUGGCGUCUGCUGCACGGUCGGAGGUUUUACACAUCUGGCGGCAGGACACUAAGACAUUUAGAGGGAGCUUACCUGAACUGGGAUGAAGUCAUGUCCCGUCUGCGCAUCCUCCGAAAAACUGUCAACGGAGACAGAUAGAGAUUCCUUUAGCUUUAUCUGAAGCUCAUGUACUGUCAGUAAAUUAAGCUUGCAGCUAAACCGCUUAGUCAUCUUCAGUGUGAGAUUUAGCAAAUUAUUUUUGCAACUUGGGUCUUAAUGUUGUAUUCCAGUGUGAUCUUCUGGUAAAAAAAAAAGUGUUAAUCACCAAAUUUCUAAUUCACUUAAAUUGAAAAACCACACAACACCGUGGAUGUGAAGCUAACGUUCUCACAGCUAAGACAAAACGGAACACCCAAGAGGUCACUGUGUGGAAUCUGUCAACACUUUUGCUAAAAUUCUUUAAUGACAUUUUAAUCCUUGGUCAUAAACUUUGUCAAACAAGUUGCCAAGUUCUUAUUUAAUAAUUCAAGUGGCUUAAUGACACUAAAUAAUUAUUUUCCCUGAAUUUUAUUUAAAUGGUUUAUUACAGCAUGUCUCUGCUGAACAGUGUGGCUCAUCAAGACUUGCCAGCAAAUGCAGACUUUGAACUAGUCGUAUAUAUUUAUAUAUCAGGAUGUCUGUGUGACAGGAUAUUUGUGUUUUUACAUUUUAUUGUUUGCACCUUUAUUUUUGCUUCAGUCUCAACCUCAGUUCACAUGGUACCUGGAAUGUCACGUUAACCACCUGGUGGAAAAUGAUUAAUAUAACGUAAAUAUUCUUGUGUCUUUAAGUUAUAUAGAAUGCAGGGUUUAUUUUUUCAUAAAUAGUUUUAUAAAAUCUGCACAUACAAUGCAUAAACAUUUCUCUUGCUGCUGUUCUAUUUAUGUUAUUUAUGUUUAAUGUGAUGUAACUGCUUUUAUCCAUUCAGAGGAGAGAGGUCCUUGUAAUUAGGUUAGAAAAUCAGCACAAAACAUCUAACAUUUUUUUCAGGUAUUAUGUUAUACUGUAUGUAAUUAAGAAAGGACUUCUUUUUUUUGCCAGCAUUGGUGUCUUAGUGUCUUAUGUGCAUGUUUAUGUACACUCUGUAUCCAGAACUUUUCAGGAAGGUAUCAGCGGUGCUACUAAUAAACUCAUUUUAUCAUACUUUUAAAAAUAAAGCUUCUCAAAAGCA